GCCUCUCACUCUCUGGACGGACCAACAGAGUUCUGACCCCGGCAAAACGAAGCCACUACAGCAACUUCUAGGGGGUAGGGAUACACCCAAAAUCAAUAAAGAUUAGAAGGUCAAUCACCCAAUCCCAUUUUAAUCGAGCUUUUUUCUUUUUUAGAGGUUCAACUCUAAUUCGAUCAUUAUGCCUCAUAAAAACCUUCCUGGUAGUCAAGAGCGUAAACAAAGAAAAUGAGAUGAAGAAAUGAGAGUCUCAAAUGGGUGUUAUGGAUAAGUUCUUGUAUAAAUCCGUUGUUGAAGAGAAUGAUGAAGAGGUAGAAGUAGAAUUUCAAGACCUUGAACCACAAGAGCAUGUUGAAGGGCAAAAGCAUGUGGAAGUUGAGAUUGUAGAUCAAGAACAUUUUGACAAUGGAAAUUUCUUAGGCCUCAUUGAAAUGUUACAAGAGUUUAACCCAAUUUGUCAAGAGCGUGUGCAUCAGAUCACAACAAAUGAGCUUCAUAACAGCUUCUCCUACACAAAAAUGGCUUUCUAUGGCCAUUCCGGCGAGUCCCAAUGGCCCUAUUGUUUUUAUCCCAAUUCUUACCCAACCCAAUCUCUGAUUUCAUACCCAUCCCCAAAUCUCAUCCAAAAUCAACCCAAUCACUGCACCAGCUAUUACCUUGAUUACCAGCCUCCGAUUUCCCAAACAAAUUACUACAUAGCUUCUUCUUCUUCUCACUCGACCUCAGCGCCGGACGACGAGGUCUUCGAGGAGUACGAUCCGGACCCGUACAGCGGCGGGUACGAUAUUGUUCAAACGUACGGCAAGCCCCUUCCGCCGUCAAACCAAACCUGUUACCCUCGUUCCGCCCCUGAUUCGAAGGGAAUGUCCUACGAAACAGGGGCGGCGGCGCCGGGCACUAAUAAAGGCGGGAAUGAGAGUGCUUGGGAAUCCCCCCAAGUGGGGAACGAUGAUGCCAUUGCUAGCAGCAGGUACUAUGGGUCUGGUUUGGAGGGUGUUGAUUUGUGCGGAGGCGUGUUUGGUUACUGGCCUUGUUGGGAGAAACACCAGAAGAAGAAGAAAGGGAAUGAUUUGGAUCAAGAAAAGUGUAACAGAAGCAGCAAUGGUGGUGGUGAUGAAGAUAGCCCAUGGAGUGAUUGUACAUCGGCAGCUGAUUAUAUAUUUGGAAGUCCAUUUGGAUAUGGGGAUCUCAGUUAUUCUAGUUAUCAGCAACAGUAUUAGCUAGCAGAUCAGAGAUUGGUGAUAUA